CGUUUUUUUUUUAUUUUUUCAGUUUUUCAGCCCCCGUUUUUCAGGAAAUGGCUACUAAUACUAAUAAUAUAAUUGAAUCAAAUCGUCGAAGAGAAAAGUUAAAGAACGAUGGAUUUCUUUAUGUUUUUGACAGAGUAAAUGCAACAAAAACAAUUAAAUUUUGGAGAUGUGAAUUAAAAGAUGAAUGUAGAGGAAGAAUUCAUACAGAUAUGGAAAAUAAUUUUCUUAAAAUAAUUACUGAACAUACACACGAAGCUAAUAUUUCAAAAGUUGAAGCAUUAAAAAUUGUUACUGCAGUAAGAAGACGUGCUAUUGGUUAUCAAGAACCUCCUGCACAAAUCCGUGCUAAUGUUAUUACAAAUUCUUGUAUAUCUUCGCCGGUUCUUGCACAAUUGCCGAGUGCGAAUAGCAUCAAAAAGAUAAUCAAACGCGCACGUAAAGAAAAAACUGAAAUUCCUUCUAAACCAAUAAUUAAACAAUCUAUGAGUGAAAUGAUAAUUGAUGCUGAAUAUCAAGCAUAUCAGCAAUUAGGUGCUUCUGAAGGAGAUAAUUUUCUUGGUGAUGCUAAUUUUCAUCAUAAUGCCCAACCACAAGAAUUAGAUCAUUCAUAUCCAGCUACGUCAACUUCAAAAGUAACUCCAAAACGUCCAAAGAAGGAAAAACUUUCGAUGAAAUUUUCUAUGAGUCAUUGUUUCGAGGAUGAGCCAGAUUCUAAACUUUUAUCAAAACGUAAAAAAGAAAAAUUAGAAAUUAAUGGAUUUAUUUACAUCUUCGAAAAAAACAAUGCAAUCGACACAAUUAAAUUUUGGAGAUGUGAAAGGAAAAAUGAAUGUCGUGGAAGAAUUCAUACUGAUCCAGACAAUAAUUUUAUAAAAAUGGUUACAGAACAUACACAUGAGGCUAUUUCUAUGGUUGAAGCUAAAAGAAAUAAACAAAUAAAAAAUGAUUCUGAUGAUCAAUUGGAAGUUGGGGAUGUGGGAGAUAAUUCAGAAGAGAAGAAGGUAAAAAUUUUGUUUUUCUUGACACUAAUUCACCUCCAAAAAAUUAAAAUAAAAUUCCGAGCAGAAUAUAAUUAA